UAAAAGAGUGCGGGAGAAAUCAACCAGCACAGAGCAGAGUUCUUUGUGCUCCACAGCGCAGCAGGCGUACCUGGGAUUCUCUCCUACCAGUCUUUGUUGUUCAGGUCUCAAAGGCAGCCAUGGCAGCAGUACCCGAACUGGCCAGUGAGAUGAUGGCUUACCACAGUGACGAGAACGAGCUGUUCUUUGAGGUGGACGGCCCCAAACACAUGAAGUGCAACUGGCAGGACCUUUACCUCGGCUCCGUGGAUGAGGGCAUCCAGCUGCAAAUCUCCCAGCUGCACCUCAACAAGAGCUUGCAGCAGGUGGUGUCACUCGUCGUGGCCGUGGAGAAGCUGCGGAUCCUUCCGGGCGCACAGGCCCCCCGGGGGGAGGACCUGCACUCCUGCCUUUCCCUCAUCUUUGAAGAAGAGCCCAUCUUCUGUGACUCCUGGGAUGACGACGGGUACGAGUAUGACGCGGCCGUCCCGGUGCUGAACUGCCGGCUGCGUGACGUCCAGCAGAAGAGCCUGGUGCUGUCCGACCCGUGCGAGCUCAAAGCUCUGCACCUCAAUGGACCGAAUCUGAGGCAACAAGUGGUGUUCUCCAUGAGCUUUGUGCUGGGAGAAGGGAAUGACAGCAAGACACCCGUGGCCUUGGGCAUCAAGGGGAAGAACCUGUACCUGACCUGUGUGAUGAAGGGGGACAAGCCCACCCUGCAGCUGGAGAGUGUAGACCCCAAAAGUUACCCCAAGAAGAGGAUGGAGCCGAGGUUCGUGUUCAACAAGAUAGAGGUCAAAGACAAGGUGGAGUUUGAGUCUGCUCAGUUCCCCAACUGGUACAUCAGCACCUCCCAGGCGGAGCACCUGCCCGUCUUCCUGGGGAACAACAGCGGCCAGGAUAUAACAGACUUCACCAUGGAAUUCGUGUCCUAAGGAGCCUCACCGGUGGCCCACGGCAGCGAAUGUAGCCUGCACGCAGAGGGCCGGCAGAGGAGGGCAGGAGGGCUUUGAGCGUGGCUGAAGGCUGGACCGACACCCACCUGCGUCCCCAGGUGGGGACACAUGCGCAGAGCUCUCUUGCCACCAGCCAGGAGAUGGCUCUCUCCUCCCAGGGGCCAUUUCGGAACCUCUGCUGACCUGGCCACCCCCCUCUCUUGCGUCCUCAACGCCAGCCAAUGGGAUCAGGCCACAUUCUGUUCCAGGAAAACCUCUCCUCUGCUCCCAGCUUCUGAUGAGCAUCUGCUUACCCACUUAUUUAUGUAUUUAUUGAUGGGUGGAUCUAUUUCAUUCAAGGGGACCAAGCCUCCUCCUCAGUGCUUGUGGAAUGGCUGUGAUCAGGCCUGGUGCACAGGCUGCAGCUAGUCCUCCCCUUGGGGCUGAAAAUAGAUGUGCUCAGACUAUGUGGUGGGGAAUAUUUAUGGUUGAGAAAGUAUAAUCACACUGAUUCAAUGGUUCUGAAAUAAAUUUCGCUGAAAAAAAAAA